AUGGUCUUUGUUAAUGGUGAAGACUACGAGCACCUGUGUCGUGUGAAGUCUAAGCUAGACCAUUUAAUCGAUGGGGAUUUUAUCGACUGUACAGUUCUGGAAAAUAAAUGUGAUUUUGGGAGUAAUAUUCUCCUCACCAAUAUUGGUCAAGAGUUCUUGCGCCGAAUUGAGUCCGAAAGAGAAGGUAGACUUGUAGUGACCACACACUUUUUCAAACAGUGUGUGCAGUUACAGGGUGACCAUGCUUCGAGGGUUUUAGCAAAGGGGAUGAUACAACAGUUUCUGGAAAAGCAUACGAUAUUUACUAUUGACGUCAGUCCUCCCAAUUAUCUACCUGGAACAAUGACAGCAUUUAUGGAUUUUGUUACAAGUGCUGGACAAGAAAUAUUCCGAGACAAAGUGAAAGUAGUGCCGGAUUUUAUCAAACACAAAUUACAUGUUGAUUGCUCUGAAGAGGACUAUCAAGCUGUUUUGGAUGUGCUUCGUACAAUUUCUGUGGAGAUCAGUAAAGGAAGUAAAAAACAACAAGAGGAUCGAGUACCUCCGCAGUGCGUUGUUUGUUUAGAUUAUGUUGAUCCUGCCUGGUUAUGCUUUGAAAGCUGUGGACACUAUGCGUGCAAGUCCUGUUUUUUGCAUCAGGUUAACUCCGUGUUAAAGCAGCACGAGUUCCCCAUAAAUUGCGCGAAGUGCUGUAGAGCCCUGGCUUUUAAAGAUAUAGUCCGAGCUUUAUUGGACGGGGAUGAGGGAGAAAAUUUGAGUGAUGCAGGGCAGUUCGAAUUCUUUUUGGAUACCUCUGAGCAUCUUGAAAUUCUUGCAAAUUCCGCGUUGUCGUUUUUGGUUAGUCGGAAUUCGAACGGAUAUCGCUAUUGUCGGGUACCGGAUUGUCGUGGCGUGAUUAGGGUGACAGGGGAAGAACGGCUGGGAAGUUGUGAUGUUUGCAGCGCAGUGUAUUGCAUGCGAUGUGGCAGCGAAGACCAUAGAAAUAUGAACUGCGAAUUAUACAGUCAGCUGAAGUCCAAUGUUGAUUCGUCAUUGCGACAUUGGAUGGAAGAGGACCCUGAUAAUCGACAGUUCUGCCCAAAGUGUAAUGCAGCAAUACAAAAAGACAGAGGAUGCAAUCACAUGCAGUGCGAGUUCUGCAAAACCCAUUUUUGUUGGGUUUGCUUCAUGACGGCACAUAGCUGUGGUCAACUAUAUGCUCACCUUAACGAAAUUCAUGGAGGGAACGGUUUGGACUUUUUGGAUCGUGCAGUUGAAGAGUUUGACCCUGAUUUGGAUCAGGAUUUAAUAGCAGCAUUGGAGCUUCAGCUGCGGCUUUAA